CGUUAAAUUCGGUAAUUAAUUCGGCUCUGAAUUAGGUUCCACCCGAAUACGGAAAAAAUACCCGACCCGAACGAAAACGACACACGUGCAUUACUAGCCGCCCCAACGCAGAGCGCGUGUUUUGGACAGGGAGAACGAAACCCUAGUCCAGUGGGUUGGAGAAAGAGAUAGAGAGAUUGAGAGAGAUGGCGGAGGAAGCCGUACUGGGCUUCCUGGAGAAGAAUGACGAGAUCUCGGACUCCGGUCAGUUCGCAGCCGACCGUGGAAUCAAUCACCAAGAACUCACCAACAUCAUCAAGAGGCUUUCUGGUUUCAGAUUUGUCGAUGCUCAGGACAUUAAGAGGGAAAGAUGGGUACUUACCGAGGAAGGGAAAACAUAUGCUGCUGCUGGAUCACCUGAGAUGCAAGUUUUUUAUGCCAUACCACCACCGGGCAUCUCACUCGAAGAAUUGCAGAGGAAAUUGGACCCAUCAGUUUUCAAAAUUGGCUGCUCACAAGCAAAAAAGAAUCAAUGGGUGGAGAUGGGAAAGCAACUAGUGACUAGAAAGGUUGAUAAUGUGGAAGACAAGGUUAAAGAUUUGCUUAAUCGGGUACAAGAUGGAGAGGCCAUUGACCCCAAAGAACUUGAUACUCUCAAACGACGAAAGCUCAUUGCUCCCCAGACAUGGAAGGGAUACUCCGUAAGAAAAGGUCCUAAUUAUGCUCCAAAAAGGAAAAUAUUUGCCACUGAUUUGACUCGAGAUAAUCUGCUAAGGGGUGAUUGGAAGGAUCUGGAGUUCAAGGAAUAUAAUUUCAGUGCUAAAGGUCAGCCUAUUGAAGGUGGCCAUCUCCAUCCAUUGCUCAAGGUACGGCAACAAUUCAAGAUGAUUUUUCUUCAGAUGGGAUUUGAGGAGAUGCCCACGAACAAUUUUGUCGAAAGCAGCUUCUGGAAUUUUGAUGCACUCUUUCAACCUCAACAACACCCUGCUCGUGAUUCUCACGAUACUUUCUUCUUGCAAGUUCCUUCCACCACGAAGACACUGCCUGAAGAUUAUGUUGAGCGGGUGAAGCGCGUUCAUGAAUCUGGUGGCUAUGGGUCUAGGGGUUAUGGAUAUGAGUGGAAAAGAGAAGAGGCAAACAAGAACCUUCUGCGAACUCAUACAACUGCUGUUUCUUCAAGGAUGCUCUACUUGCUUGGACAGCAAAAAAAAUUUACUCCCAAAAAGUACUUCUCUAUAGAUCGCGUGUUCAGAAACGAAGCUGUGGAUCGAACUCACCUGGCCGAGUUCCACCAGAUAGAAGGGCUGGUUUGUGAUCGAGGGCUUAGUCUUGGUGACUUAAUCGGAGUUCUCAAUAAUUUCUUUCUUCGUCUUGGGAUGUCCAAGCUAAAAUUCAAGCCUGCUUACAACCCGUACACUGAACCCAGCAUGGAAAUUUUCAGUUAUCAUGAAGGCCUAAAGAAAUGGGUAGAAAUUGGAAAUUCUGGCAUGUUUAGACCUGAAAUGCUCCGUCCAAUGGGACUUCCAGAAGAUGUUAGGGUUAUUGCGUGGGGUCUUUCCCUAGAAAGGCCGACGAUGAUUCUGUAUGGGGUUGAUAACAUCCGGGAUCUCUUUGGUCACAAGGUGGAUCUCAGUCUCAUCAAGAAAAACCCUCUUUGUCGACUUGGAAUGGAGUAGAAACUGCGGCGUUUCUGUCAUAUUUAUAGGAAAAGUUUUGCUGUACAUCACCCCCGUUUUGGGAAUGACUUGCAGACACCAGACACCUCUCUUUUGGUCUUUUCAUUUUUCUGUUUUAAUUAGCUAGGCUUUUGCUUCCAGAUUAGAGCGCUUUUGCCCGCUAAAUUUAUCUUACAUUUUCCUUCUUGGCAGUGGAAUAGACCAAAAAGAAUUACUGUAGUGGUCGUUGAUAAUUACUCCAGUUAUUAACUUAUUACCAUGUGGUUUGAGCAUUAACCUACUAUUUAAAUUGAAGUGAUUAGAAUUUUUUUGACAUUA